AAUAAAUGAACCUUGCAUAAUACAACGUGUCUACUAUUAUUGGAAUAAGAAAUUGGAAUUUGUGGAAGCAAAUUGACUGUAGGACGCACGAAUCACGGGGUGCUCGACCAGCAGCUAGCUCAGGUGCACUCGGGUGGUGCCCAGCUAGCUAGGACUUGCAGUCGUCGUCGAGCGAUGGAGAAGAAGACGGUGGUUCUGUACCCGGGCGUCGGCGUCGGCCACCUGGCACCGAUGCUCGAGCUGGCCAAGGCGUUCCUCCGCCACGGCGCCGCGGUCGACGUCGCCGUCGCGCUCGUCGAGCCGCCACCGCCAGUCCAGGACCCCGGCUUCUCCGCCGCGGUCGCGGGCGCGAAGGCCUCCAACACGUCCGUCGCCAUCCACGUACUACCCUCGUCGCCGCCGCUUCCGGCUUCUGGUCUCGGCUCCGACGACGACGGCGAGCAUGUGGACCUCUUGGUCCGGAUGUUCCGCUUCCUCCGUGCCAUGAACGCGCCGCUCCGCGACUUCCUCCGCUCGCUGCCGCACGUCCAAGCGCUCGUCCUCGACAUGUUCUGCGGCGACGCGCUCGACGUCGCGGCCGAGCUCGGGCUGCCCGCCUACUUCUUCUUCGCCACGGGCGCGGCCGGCCUCGCCGUCUUCCUCGGCCUGCCCGGCAUGCGGGCCAGCAUGGACACGGGCUUCAGGGAGCUCGGCGACGCCGUCCUAUCGUUCCCGGGCGCUCCUCCGUUCAAAGCCUCGGAGCUACCCGAGGGGAUCGCCGACGACGGCGAGGCGUGCAAGGCCAUGCUCCGCAUGGCUGCCCGGAUGCCGGAGGCCCGCGGGAUCCUCAUUAACACCUUCGAGUCGCUAGAGCCGCGCGCGGUGCGCGCUCUCAGGGACGGGCUGUGCGUACCCGGACGCCCCACGCCGCCGGUCUACUGCGUCGGGCCGCUGGUCUCGGAAGGCGGCGAGAAGGAGCACGAGUCCCUCCGUUGGCUGGACGCGCAGCCGGACCGCAGCGUCGUGUUCCUCUCCUUCGGGAGCAUGGGCACGUUCCCCAAGAAGCAGCUCGAAGAGAUCGCCAUUGGCCUGGAGAACUCCGGGCAGAGGUUUCUCUGGGUCGUGCGAAGCCCGCGUGGCGCCGGCGACAGGUCCGGCGAGCCGGACGACAACCUGGACGCCCUCCUCCCGGCCGGGUUCCUAGAGCGAACCAAGGACACAGGACUCGUCGUCAUGUCCUGGGCGCCGCAGGUGGACGUGCUGCGCCACAGGGCGGCCGGCGCGUUCGUGACGCACUGCGGGUGGAAUUCGACGCUGGAGGGCGUUGCGGCGGGGCUGCCGCUUCUGUGCUGGCCGCUGUACGCGGAGCAGACGAUGAAUAAGGUGUGGAUCGUGGAGGAGAUGGAGCUCGGGGUGGAGAUGAAGAGGAGCCACGACGAGGACGUGGUGAAGGCUGAAGCGGUGGAGGCGAAGGUCAGGUGGGUGAUGGAGUCCGACGGUGGGCGGGUGCUCAGGGAGCGCGUGGCGGCGGCGAGGGACAGAGCGGCCGAGGCGGUCGCCGAAGGGGGCUCGUCUCAUGCCGGCUUCGUCGAGUUCCUCAAGGACUUGGAGACUUCCAAAGGCAUGGUUAAUGUUCGAGUUCAUGGUUGAUGUUAUCUUGUUCAGAUUUGCUAAUUCUGUCACAUGAGAUUGCGUUAAUCUUUCAGUCGGAUUUUUUUAUGCUGCUAUAGUUAUUUUUUAUGUUGCAAUAGCUAUGUUUAUAUGUUGUAAUAGUUAUUUGUAUUUUUGUAUCUGCUACAAUAGUUUUUUUAUGUUGUAAGGUAUUGUUGUAUGUUGCAAUAGUUAUUUUUGCAUGUUGUAAUA